AUGGGAACUCAACAGUUUGCCAGAGCAGGAACAGUCGCCAGGAGACUGCUAAGCAAGCGAAGGGCAGCUGUCAAUUCGAUGGAGUCCACGGUGAAAGAUCUUACUUUGGCGAGCUUCGGCCGCCGUGAAAUCGAGCUCGCCGAGGUUGAAAUGCCUGGCUUGAUGUCCAUUCGUAAGGAGUUCGGCGCGAUGAAGCCUUUGAAGGGAGCUCGUAUCACGGGAUCUCUCCACGCAACAAUUCAAACGGCUGUUCUUGUCGAGACGCUCAAAGAAUUGGGAGCCGAUAUUCGUUGGUGCUCGUGCAACAUCUUCUCCACACAAGACCACGCUGCGGCUGCUCUUGCCCGCGAUGCAUCGUGCACUAUUUUCGCCUGGAAGGGAGAAACCUUGGAAGAGUAUUGGUGGUGCACUUUGAAGGCUGUGACGUGGCCGGGAUAUGAUGGGCCCCACUGCAUCGUUGAUGAUGGAGGUGAUGUCACCCUUCUUAUUCAUGAGGGAGUCAAAGCUGAAAAGGCGUUUGAAGCGACUGGAGCCCUUCCCGAUCCAAACUCAACGGAAAACGAAGAAAUGAAAGUAAUUCUGAAGUUACUUCGUGAAGAAUUGGAGAAGGAUCCUAAAAAGUGGCAUAAAGCAGCCGCCUCUGUUGUGGGCGUCUCCGAGGAAACCACUACAGGAGUCCAUCGACUUAUCCAAAUGGCUAAUAAAGGCGAACUUCUGUUCCCAGCAAUCAAUGUCAAUGAUUGUGUCACUAAGUCAAAGUUUGACAAUAUUUAUGGAUGCCGCCAUUCAUUGCCAGAUGCUAUCAUGCGAGCAACAGAUGUUAUGAUUGGAGGAAAGUCUGUCGUCAUUUGUGGCUACGGUGACGUUGGGAAAGGAUGCGCUUCUGCCAUGAAAGGAUGUGGUGCUCGAGUCUACGUCACUGAAAUUGAUCCGAUUUGCGCUCUACAAGCUUGUAUGGAAGGCUUCCAAGUUGUCAAGCUCGAGUCCAUGCUGGAACGAGGUGACAUCUUCGUCACGACUACCGGUAAUAUGGGAAUUGUGAUGGCUGAGCACAUCCAAAAGAUGAAAAACAACGCCAUUGUUUGUAACAUCGGCCACUUUGACAACGAGAUAGAUAUGGCCGGGCUUCAGAAAAUUCCCGGUGUCAAGCGCGAAACAAUCAAACCACAGGUGGAUCGUUUCGUUUUUCCGGACGGCAAGGGAGUCCUUGUUCUUGCCGAGGGACGUUUGGUCAAUCUGGGAUGUGCCACGGGACAUCCGUCUUUCGUCAUGUCAUGCAGCUUCGCCAACCAAACUUUAGCCCAAAUUGAUCUGUGGACAAACAAGGAUACGGGAAAGUACACAAAAAAGGUCUAUCUUCUUCCAAAGCAUUUGGACGAGAAGGUUGCCCGUUUGCAUCUCACUUCUCUUGGUGCUGAAUUGACGCAAUUGACCAAAGAACAAGCAGACUACAUUGGUGUGCCAGUAGAAGGUCCAUUCAAACCAGAUUCAUACCGCUAUUAG